AUGGAAACUGUUCCUCCGGCGACCACCUAUGAGGCUGAUGCCGAGAUCAAAGCAAAGGCUUACAUCGAGGAAUCACCAGACCAAAUCGAGAAGAUCUCGACACAAGAUUACGACCAUGACGCUGAGCGUAAGGUCUUGCAUAAGACCGACCGCAUCUUGUUGCCAAUGCUGUGCCUCCUUCUCAUCGUGGCCUUCUUAGACAGAACUAAUAUCGGCAAUGCGAAAAUUCAAGGCAUGGCCGCCGACUUGGAUCUCGAUGGCUCGAAAUACAACAUCGCACUCUUCAUGUUUUUCAUCCCUUACCUCAUCCUUGACGUCCCCUGGAAUAUGAUUAUGAAACACCUGCGACCCUCACGAUACCUAAGCGUUCUUAUAUUUUCCUGGGGGGUUGUUACUGUUGGAGAGGGUGUCACCCAGAGCUAUGCCGGUCUCGUUGUGUGCAGAGUGCUUCUGGGUGCAUUGGAGGCUGGCUACUUCCCGGGCGCCAUCUUCCUUCUAGCAAUGUACUACAGUCGCUACGAACUUCAUGCACGCAUGAACAUCUAUUACGCAGCAGGCUCUGUUUCGAGUGCCUUUGGCGGAUUGCUUGCCUAUGCUAUUGCUCACAUGGAAGACGUCGGUGGCUACAGCGCAUGGAGAUGGAUUUUCAUCCUUGAAGGUCUUGUUACCUGCAUCGUGGCUGUCGCGACAUUUUUCUUUCUACCGGAUUGGCCUGAACAAGCGAAGCAUCUCAAUGACGCCGAGCGAACAGUACUCCUUAGAAAGCUGGCUCGAGAUACUAAAGAAUUUGUUGAAGACAAGUCAAGCCUGCAGGUCUUCAAGGACUGCAUGUCCACGAUCUCCGCCUUGAUGUAUUUCGGAACCGCAGUGACAGGGAGUUCUUCGUCCUAUUUCCUCCCCAGCAUCCUAAAGGGUCUUGGGUGGACGUCGCUUAAGGCCCAGUAUAUGACCAUCCCCAUCUGGAUGAGCUCGGUGGUUACUUCCGUUACCCUCGGCUACGUGUCAGACAUCACCAACCAUCGAUGGGCCUUCUCGGUUGGUCCGCUCUCUGUCUGCGUCAUAGGAUACGUCAUAUUGCUCGCUCAAAUCCAUGUCAGCGUCGGGGUUAGAUACAUGGCGCUCUUUUUCAUCAUCAAUGGUGCCUUUGCCGCCAUCACCGUCUCGCUGACCUGGCUGAAUAACAACAUCGUCGGGCAGAAGCGGCGUGGUAUCUCCACAGCCAUCAUGCUCGCAUUCGGCAACUGCGGCAGCAUCCUGGGCAGCAAUGUCUACUUGGCAGAUGAGGCGCCACUCUAUCGAACCGGAUAUUCGGUCUCAUGUUCAAUGGUCAUCCUGACGAUGGUGGCAGCGACAUGCAACGUUGUAUAUCUUCGGUAUGAGAAUAAGCAGAAGGCGGAAGGCAAGCGUGAUCACCUUCUAGCCCUCCCACAGGCUGAGAAGGAUGCAUUGGGUGACAAACACCCUGAAUACCGUUACACGCUCUGA